AUUUGUUAGAUGUCUGCCCCACAAGAAAAGGUAAUCCUAUCGGUCAGACCUGCCAGAAAGCAUGUAUACAAGAUCAAGAGUGCACUAAGAAUAGACCAAAAUGUUUGUGUGAUGGAGAAUGUGGAACGAGCUGUAUCAAACCCCGAAACAGCUGCCUAUGGCCUGUGAACAUCGAGAAUGCUAACACAACUCUGAAUCAGAAAACAAAAAACUUUGGUGACCACAUGACAGUAGGCUGUCAUCCAGGAUUCAAAAUGGCCAAUGGACAGGAGGUGGCUCUCAGCCGUUGUCAAGGAGAUAAGAAGUGGAGUGUGACAGCACCAUGUGAAGAAAUAUAUUGCCCGCCACCUCCAGAAAUCAACGAAGGUAUUCUUGUGGCAGUGAAAAAAAUUGAGUAUGAAGUCUCUGAAGUGAUAUAUUAUAUGUGCAAAAAGAACUUUCUUAUGGAUGGAUCACACAGUGCAACCUGUUUGGCCAAUGGCCAGUGGUCUGAGUGCCCAGCCUGCAGAGCAAGGUGUAAAGUGCCAGUUCAGCGAAGCCGGGUCAUCUACAAAGGGAGAAAGGUCUGGGUCACGGAGAUUGAAGAAGGCCUAGUGCAUCAUGGUGAGACUGUCACAUUUUUCUGCCAGAACACCACUCGAGCCUGCAGCUACACAGCCUCCUCUAAGUGUUAUGAUAGUGUUCUUCCUGUCCCCGACUGCUAUAAAGAACCAACCUGGGUAAAACAAAACAUUUUCACCUGGAAACUUGUGUCGGAAAUCGCCUUAUGCCAAGACCUGUAAGUGCUCUCUACGAAUUGGAGAAGAGAUUCCUGCCUCAUCUUUCUUCAUCGGAUGGAGAAGACAGAAUCCCGAAACUCUGUGUACAUUAUUGAAGGUCACCUCUGGCUGCUGAUCUGU